AACAAAGCGAACAAAAAAAAAAUCACACAUCAUGAACGCCGCCGCAGCAGCGAGGGCGUCCAUCAUCCGGACCUCGAUGGUUCCGAUCCCCGCCGGCUUCGCCUACAGCAACGAUGUCGAAUCCACGAGACCGCCGGCGCAGGGCAUGCAGGGCCGGGACGCUGGGCCCAGGAUGCGAGCGGCCGAGAACCCGUCCGACCAGGUCAGCCACGAGGAGCGGCAGCGCGUGAUCCAGGUGCUCGACUACCUCGAGUACAAGGCGCGAUGCGACUACGAGCGCCAGCAGCAGCAGCAACAGCAGCAGCAGCGGCCGGAACAAAAAUCCGGCUUCUACACCGCGGGGCCCAACGACAGCUUCGACUCGCUCAACAAGCCGCCGCCCGACGUGGUGGUCGAGGUCGACUCCUCCAGCCGCGGCAGGGUCGUGCGCAUGUUCACCAUCUUCCCCUACCGGGACAUGAGCUGGGUGGUCAACUUUGGCUUCGUCACGGGCAGCAUCGUCUUUGUCGUCAACGCCGUGCUCGGCGUCCUGCCCGUCAUCGACCCGGCCCUCGCCUUCCCCACGCUCACCACCGUCGCCCUGCCCGCCACCAUCCUGAUCGGCGCCUUCUUCUUCCUGGUCUCGGGCUGCCUGGGCUUCGUCGCCGCCUUCAACGCGAACCGCGGCACCGUCGAGGUCCCCAUCAAGGGCGCCAUGAGCGGCGGCGCCAACUACCGCCCGGCCCUCAUCGGCUCCGAGAGCUGGGUGUGGUUUCCCUCCGGCCCCGAGUUCGCCAAGAUCGCCCAGACCUUCCCCUUCCAGGCCGGCGUCUUCCAGCUCACCGGCGGUAUGAUCCUGUCCAUUUCCGCCUUUGCCGGCAUACCGGGUCUGCUGAACCCCGAGGAGAACCUGGCCCUCUUCCAGGGCCUGGUGUUCCUGCCGCAGGUCAUUGGCGGCUCCAUGUUUGUGUUUGCCAACAUCGUCCUCACCAUAUUUGUCCAGGACAGGUGGUACAAGCCCAAGCCGUCGUGUGCGGACUGGCAGGGAGGUUUUUGGAACGCCGUCGGCUCGACCGGCUUCGCAAUCACCGGCGUCUUGUUGCUAAUGGGAGAUACCACCGGCGCCGCAUGGACCAGUCUCUACGGCAGUGUGGCUUUUUUGAUGGGCAGCGUCAUUCAGCUCUACGCACUCAUGGAGUUUCACCCCACGCCGUGGGCUGCCUAGCACGAUUUCUUACGCAUCUCUUACGAAUUCUUUUCUUUGUUAUUCGGCUGGUGGAUUUCACGGCUUGCGGGUUCUUUUCGUCUAUACAUCUUUGGGACAUUACUUUGAAUAAAAAGCUGGUCUCUUU